AUGAAUUUAGCAUUUCUUCUGCUGAUAGUUAUAUCUUCACAGCCCUCUACUGGACAAGUAUGCUCACCUGCAUAUGGCCGACUACCAGAUAACAGCGACAUUGCUGUUACCUGUGGGUCAAGUUCCAUCCAGCUGUCCAUAAAUGUUUGUCCGGUUUAUUUUGCCAGUUUUAGCCCGCAGGAGCUUGCUCUGAAUGGGAAACACAACCAGACAGCAUGCUUUGGUGUGAUGGAUAACUCCACUGCUUUCCCAGUCCUGAAAUUUACUCUGAAUCUUGAUGGCUCCAGCAGCAAUGUGUGCGGUAAUUUCAUUGAAAUUCUGAAUGCAGCUGGCAGUGGUGCAUUCAGUGAGUACUCAACAGUCCAAACAGUCGCCAUCUACGGGUUUGUGGAUUCUCCACCCGUGGCAGAAAUGGGAGUUAUCUCCUACAGCACAAACUUGUACUAUAAUUUCUCCUGUCAGUACCCUCUACAGUACCUAUUGAACAAUACUGAAUUGCUAACGUCAUUUGGAGCAGUGGCCAUCAACAGCAACAAUGGCAGUUUUAUCAGUACUUUACAUAUGCAGAUAUUCAUGGAUCAAGGCUUCACCACUGAUAUCACAUCUAAUGGAACCAUUUAUGGCUUGAUGCAAACAGUAUAUGUUCAAGUCAGCAUGAAUAACUCUGCAACAAGCUACAAUGUAUAUCUGGAUCAAUGUUUUGCUACACCAUCCCCAUUGGUUUCAAUGAUGCCGAAUGACAGUUACAGCUUCUUUACAGGAUGUAGCAUUCAAAACAAGACUACACUUAUUUCCAAUGGUGUCGGAAAAGCUGCCAGAUUCAGCUUCAAGUCUUUCCGCUUUGUGCAGCAAAGUAUGCAAAAAACAUCAUCAAUAUAUCUGCACUGCAUAACAAGGCUUUGUGAGCCCAAUCAGUGCCCUGUAAGUUAUCACCAGUGUUAA